AUGCUUUGCAAUGUCUUCGCGUAUGCAUCUGCAGAACUGUAUGACCGAGUUCUGCAACGGUUCAAGCCAACUCCAACACGAUGUCAUUACAUCUUUUCGACGAGAGACUAUGUCCGCCUACUAUUGGCCUGUCUUAGAGUGACACCUGACUCUCUGGAGACAUUGAUCCCUCCAGCAUCUUCCAACAACGAUGACAUAACCACGGCUGGUAAGCCGCCAAGUCAUGAAAGCGCCGAUUCGCGUAAACUUUUAAGCAAGGAGGAGGUGCAAAGUUGGUUAGUGCGCCUCUGGAUGCAUGAAGCUCAUCGCACCUUCUAUGAUAGGCUGAUUGGAUCUAAGGAUCAAGAAGACUUCACUCAGAUGGUUGAGUCAGUCACUGAGCGUGCUUUUAAGGUGCGUGUUUCAAAGCUCCUUGACUCAGUCAAAGACAGUAUUCUAUCAUUUGGAGGUGAGCAGGCCUGUGAGGAGGAAGAUGAAUCAGUUUUGUUUCGUGGACAUCAAUCAACAGGUCCGUUCAGCCAGUGGCUUAUCUUCGCCGAUUGUCUUCAUCCAAGGGAAUUGCAGCGAAUGAGACUCUCAGAGGGAGAGAGGGCUUUAGCUGGCCUUGUAAGUGGGAAUACGGAUUUCGCCAGGAUACCUGGAAGGGAUUCGAUAAAGACAUCAGCUAUAGAGGAAGUCAAGAAGGACACUGGAUCUGGAGAAUCGGAAAAUUUGAAUAAAAUGGCGUACAUGGAGUUAACUAACCAUAUGGAUUUUAUUCUGCAAGCAAGUUUCUUUUGUUCCCUGCCACCUCGUUUUUACAACUAUUUUAAUCAUGAUUUUUGUGCUGAUUUUAUCCAAGAUCAAUCGGCUCGUCGACAUUUGGAAGAGUAUAAUUCCACCGCUGAUCAUCCAAUCUCAAUGCACCUCUGCUCAUUUGUUUUACAACAUGUGACACGACUGGCUCGAGCUCUAAGGCAGCCGAAUGGACACUGCCUGAUGCUAGGUUUAAGUGGUAGUGGACGUCGAAGCAUCGCAUCAUUGGCCGGCCUGAUGAUUGGCUUCGCGGUUUUUCAUGUUCCUGGAGAGGCCAAUUUGAGUUUGGCUGAAUGGCAUAGGUUUAUAGCAAAUAUUUUGUCUCGGGCUGCUAGAAAGGAAAACUCACUCAUCCUUGUCAAUCUUGAGAAGAUUAAAGAUCAUUCGUAG